AGUCCUCCGCGCCCUCGGCAUGAAAAUGAUGGCAGGCGGUUCCGUGCACCAGAACGGCAUCUUCCCUUCGGCUUCACAGCAGCAGCAGCAACAGCCAGGGGGGCCUCAGCCUCAGCCGCAGCAGCCCCCUCAAGCCCCUCCGCCACCCCACAUGGAUUCGGAUCCCCCCGACUCUAGGAAAAGACCCUUGGAGACCCCCACGGAAGCCAUCAGCACCAAGCGAAGCAACACGGGAGAGGACGGCGAGUAUUUCCUGAAGGUCCUGAUCCCCAGCUAUGCUGCCGGAUCCAUCAUUGGCAAAGGAGGCCAAACCAUUGUGCAGCUGCAGAAGGAAACGGGAGCUACCAUCAAACUGUCCAAGUCCAAGGACUUCUAUCCGGGGACCACAGAGCGUGUGUGUCUGGUACAAGGCACGGCGGAAGCCCUCAAUGCAGUACACAACUUUAUUGCCGAAAAGGUCCGGGAGAUCCCCCAGUCUGUGGUGAAGCCAGAGUCGGUCAAUAUUUUGCAACCCCAAACAACCAUGAAUCCUGACCGGGCCAAGCAGGCCAAGGUGAUUGUUCCUAACAGCACGGCUGGGCUGAUCAUUGGCAAAGGCGGGGCCACGGUCAAGGCCAUCAUGGAACAAUCUGGGGCCUGGGUGCAGCUGAGCCAGAAGCCCGAGGGCAUCAACCUCCAGGAACGCGUGGUGACCAUCAGCGGAGAGCCCGAACAGAUCCACAAGGCGGUCGACAUCAUUGUCCAGAAGAUCCAGGAAGAUCCUCAGAGCAGCAGCUGCCUCAACAUUAGCUAUGCCAACAUCACGGGCCCUGUGGCCAACUCUAACCCGACAGGAUCGCCCUACGCUAAUUCCACGGACGUGCUGCCAGCGGCUGCGGCUGCGGCCACCGCUUCAGGCUUGCUGGGCCACACCAGUCUUGCUGGAGUCGGGGCUUUCCCAGCCGCCCUGCCAGGUUUCUCCGGGAGCGACCUUUUAGCCAUUAGCACGGCUCUCAACACUUUGGCAAGCUACGGAUACAACACCAGUUCAUUGGGGCUUGGUCUCAACUCAGCAGCUGCCUCUGGGGUGCUGGCAGCUGUAGCUGCUGGUGCCAACCCAGCCGCCGCUGCCGCUGCUAAUCUCUUAGCUUCCUACGCCAACGAGGCUUCUACCAGCACCUCCACGCCAGCCGGUGCAGUUGGAGCCUUCACCUUGGGCUCUUUAGCUGCAGCCACGGGAGCAGCCAACGGCUACCUGGGGACGGCCUCCCCGCUGGUGGCCAGCUCCUUCUUGGCCACCGAAAAGCUUGUGGAGAGCGCCAAAGAUAUGGUGGAGAUCGCAGUGCCAGAGAACCUAGUGGGCGCCAUUUUGGGGAAAGGAGGCAAGACGUUGGUUGAGUAUCAAGAGCUGACGGGUGCCCGCAUCCAGAUUUCCAAAAAGGGGGAGUUUAUUCCAGGCACUAGGAACCGUAAAGUCACCAUUACAGGCACGCCAGCCGCCACACAAGCGGCCCAAUAUCUCAUCAGCCAGCGAGUAACAUACGAGCAAGGAGUUCGAGCGACCAACCCGCAGAAAGUGGGAUAAGAGAAGGCUGAAGAGAAAGCUGGGGGAAGGAGUAGGAUUCAAAUCAAGUCUUUA